AAAAGCACUGGACUUCCGUUUCCGGGUCAGCAGUCUCCUUCACCGGACGACCGAAUGUUGUCACGGCUCUCCAAAUUCGGGCUCAGUUUGCCCCGGUUGGGCUCCGUCCCGCCCGCCCGCUUCGUGUCUCAGUCCAAACAGAACAGCUCCGCGGGUUCGAGCGCUGUGACGGAGCUGCACAACCGCGAGGAGAAGUCCGAACAUGGCGAGGUCAGCCAGUAUGUCAAGAACCCAGACUACCACGGCUUCUCCAGCGAUCCUGUGGCGGAUGAGUGGAACAUGAAAGUGGGCUUCUUCAUGGGCAUCUCGGUUGCUCUCGUCAUCGGAGGAACCUUUAUCCACUACCUGCCAGACCACGGGAUGCGGCAGUGGGCCAGAAGAGAAGCAGAGCGGAUCAUCUGUCAGAGGGAGCAGCAGGGCCUGCCGCUCAUCGAGGAGAACUAUUACGACCCCAGCAAGAUCAUCCUGCCCUCAUCCAGGGAGGAGUAGCUCUGCUCCUGAUCGGUUUCAUGAUAAUAUAAUAAACCAUUUUUGUUGGAGUUUG